UUUGUCAGACACUAGAUUUGGCUUGCGUCAGUCAAGAAAGUUCUCUCUCAUCCUUCUCUCUUUCCUUCGCCUCUCAGAUCUAUCCGUCUCUCGGGUGUACGGCAAUUUCCAGUUCACGGCCCAGCUGAGGGAGGAGCUUACAAUUGUGGUUGUCCAUGAGCUGGAUUGGAAAAGGUAUUCGGCCGGGUGCGCCCUUGUCUUUCCGACAGCAAUGUCCUCGACGCGCUUUGUCAUACUUCAAUGUCGUGUACAGGCCGUCGUCACUGGUCCAUGACCGCAUAUUGGAGCGACUGGACCACCGUUUCUUCUCCUCCUCCGUUUCGACGUUCAUUAACCGGACGCCAUCCCUUAAUAACCCUCGCUGGAUCAAUUCCAAACAUAGACCAGCGGAUGGUCCAUCUGAGGGGGAUGAGAAAGCGAUAGAGGAUGCAGAGGAACUAUCGGAUGACCAGGCGCGGCUGCGUUCUGAGGAUGACGAAAAUCCUUCCGAAGGGUCAUCUUCAGAAUCUUCUCCACCUGCUUCUUCCUCUUCUGAUGAUCAUGACUCCGGAGAUUCAAGUUCACCUCCUUCAUCGUCACGUCCUUCAUCCCCAGCAGCAAUCGCAAAGCAAUCUGUUCCCGAAAUCUAUCCCCAAGUCUUGGCUCUCCCCAUCGUUCGUCGUCCACUUUUUCCCGGAUUCUACAAGGCCGUUGUUGUUCGUAACCCUGAAGUAGUUGCAGCUAUCAAGGAGAUGAUGAAGCGUGGACAACCGUACCUUGGCGCGUUUCUCCUGAAGGACGAGAACAUUGACAGUGAUGUCAUUACGGAUAUCAAUACUGUGCACCCUGUCGGUGUAUUCGCUCAGAUAACCAGCGUCUUCAGUGCUGGAGGCCAGGAUGAUAAGGAAGAAGGUUUGACGGCCGUUCUUUAUCCUCAUCGCAGGAUCAAGAUCACCUCAUUGGUCAAGGCUGGCGGUGUUGCGACCGUAGAAUCAGUUGGAGAGGAAGACGCUCAAACUGUGACUCCCCCGGCUACUCCAACAUCGGAACAAACUCCUCAGACUCUUCAUGGACCGUUACAGACCUCUUUCUUGCACAACCAUGCCAUAUCCAUCGUCGAGGUCGAAAAUCUUGUUACUCAGCCGUAUAACAAGGACAAUCAGUACAUACGUGCUUUCAUGUCUGAGAUCGUCUCAGUCUUCAAAGACAUCGCCCAGUUGAACCCUCUCUUCCGUGAUCAGAUUACCAACUUUUCGAUUAAUCAAAUCGCGUCCAACGUUUUCGAUGAACCAGACAAGCUGGCAGACUUUGCCGCCGCGGUGUCAACGGGGGAAGUUGGAGAAUUACAAGACGUUCUGGAGAGCUUGGUUGUUGAGGAUCGGUUACGAAAAGCUUUGCUGGUGUUGAAGAAGGAACUUAUCAAUGCCCAGCUUCAAAGCAAGCUCUCCCGGGAUGUUGACAGCAAAAUUGCGAAGCGUCAAAGAGAGUACUACCUCAUGGAACAGCUUAAAGGUAUCAAGAAGGAGCUGGGUAUGGAGUCAGACGGAAAGGACAAGCUUAUCGAGAAGUUCAAAGAACGGGCCGCGUCUUUAAAAAUGCCGGAGACUGUUAGGAAAGUAUUCGACGAAGAGAUCAACAAGCUUGCUGGCUUGGAACCUGCCGCGUCUGAGGCAAAUGUGACCAGGAACUACUUGGAGUGGCUAACUCAAAUUCCAUGGGGUCAGCACUCUCCGGAGAACUAUUCUAUUUCGCACGCGCAAGUUGUCCUAGACGAAGACCAUUAUGGCCUCAAGGACGUUAAAGAUCGAAUCUUGGAAUUCCUUGCCGUCGGAAAAUUACGCGGCACAGUUGAAGGAAAGAUUAUCUGUCUCGUUGGACCCCCUGGUGUAGGAAAAACAUCGAUUGGCAAGUCAAUAUCGCGCGCUCUCAACAGACAAUUCUUCCGAUUCUCAGUCGGUGGCUUGACCGAUGUUGCCGAGAUCAAAGGGCAUCGCCGAACAUACGUCGGGGCACUACCAGGAAAAAUCAUCCAGGCACUCAAACGCGUCGGAACCGAGAACCCUCUUGUUCUCAUCGAUGAAGUUGAUAAGAUUGGACGAGGUAUUAACGGUGAUCCCGCUAGUGCACUUCUAGAAAUGUUGGACCCGGAGCAAAAUAACAGUUUCUUAGACCACUAUAUGGAUGUCCCUGUUGACCUUUCGCGUGUCCUUUUCGUUUGCACAGCCAAUAAUCUUGAUACCAUCCCAGCACCUCUUCUUGACCGUAUGGAGGUCCUUGAAGUUAGCGGCUAUGUUUCAGAGGAGAAAGCAGUCAUUGCGGAUAAAUAUCUCGGUCCGCAGGCCAGAGAGGCUUCUGGUCUCAAGAACGCCGACGUUGUCCUGGAUCCUUCUGCCAUCGACGUACUUAUCAAGUACUACUGCCGAGAAAGUGGUGUUCGAAAUUUGAAGAAGCAUAUUGAAAAGAUAUAUCGAAAAGCCGCAUUGACGCUUGUCCAGGAGCUCGGAGAAGAGGCCCUUCCGGAGCCGCCUUUGGUCACCUCAACGUCUUCAUCGGGCGCAGAGUCUACUACCACUGUUGAGUCUCAAGAACCUCCUAGUAACGAGCCAUCAGUUGGUCCAGAUCCCUCAGGUGAAAGGAUGACAGUGACGACCCAGCAGCGCAAGCCUAUGUCCAUACCUGAUACAGUACACGUCAGGAUUACCCCGGAAACCCUCAAAGACUACGUUGGUCCGCCGAUAUAUCAAAAAGACAGGAUGUAUGUACAACCCCCUCCUCCUGGUGUGAGUACUGGUCUCGGAUACCUUGGCAAUGGAUCUGGCGCAGUAAUGCCUAUCGAAGCUAUGAGUAUGCCUGGCAAAGGAAAUCUCCAGCUCACCGGCAAGCUUGGCGAGGUCAUCCGGGAGAGUGCACAGAUCGGUCUUAGCUGGGUCAAAGGUCAUGCUUUCGAGCUCGGGAUAACACCCGACGCGGAGACACAGUUCUUGACAGAUCGGGAUAUCCAUGUACACAUGCCUGAGGGUAGCAUUGGGAAGGAAGGGCCAAGUGCAGGGACUGCAAUUCUGUCUGCCUUCGUAUCACUCUUUACUAAAACAAAAAUAAACCCGGAUAUCGCAAUGACAGGAGAGAUAUCUCUCGUCGGGCAAGUCCUUCCGGUCGGCGGCCUGAAGGAGAAGAUAUUAGCCGCUCACCGAGCUGGUAUCAAGACUAUCAUCGCUCCCGCAGCCAACAGAGCAGAUAUCGAGGAAAACGUCCCUGAGAGUGUCAAAAUUGGCAUCAAGUUUGUAUAUGUCGAGGACGUGAGAGAAGUUCUACAAGAGGUGUUUGGGGGCGAAGAGAUUGCACAACGGUGGAAGGAAACAUUGGCAAUAUCAUAAUAACACCACGUAUUU